AAACCUAUCUAAAGAAUGAAAAACUGGAUUAUACUGCUGGCUAUUGCAGUCAGCACAGCAGAAAUACAAAAACAGGACGUCUGUACCCAAGGGUAUCCUGGCAUCCCCGGCAAUCCUGGGCACAAUGGCAUACCCGGUCGUGAUGGACGUGACGGUUCAAAAGGCGACAAGGGAGAUACAGGUGAAGCAGGACUUCCUGGCAGUCCAGGAAAAGAUGGUGCAAAUGGAGAGAAAGGAGAACGAGGAGCCAAUGGGACUGUUGAAGAGAAGGGGAACAAAGGAGAUAAAGGAGAAAGAGGACAACCUGGGAAACUGGGACCAAAAGGAAUUAUAGGGUCAGUGGGUUACAAAGGUCAGAAGGGAGAGCUGGGACUGCAAGGAAACAAGGGGUUAAAAGGAGACAUUGGGCCCAUAGGCCCAAAAGGGACAAAGGGUGAAAUUGGCCAUCCUGGAAGAGUUGGUUUCCCAGGGCCAAUUGGCCUGACUGGUAAUCCAGGUCCUAAAGGUAAUACCGGAGAUCUGGGGCCACAGGGUAAUCCAGGAGUUCAGGGGGAAAGAGGCUUGAAAGGAGACAGAGGAGAUAAGGGGAACGUAGGUGCUCCAGCAGUCCUGCCAAGGAGUGCUUUCAGCGUCGGCCUUACAAUCGCCACCAAAUUUCCCCCCCCAAAUCGCCCGAUCAAGUUUGACAAGGUGCUGUAUAAUAGUCUAAAUGACUACAACUCAGUUACUGGCAAAUUCACCUGCAAAUACCCCGGUGUUUACUAUUUCACCUACCACAUCACUGUCUACUCAAGGAACGUCCGGGUAGCUCUAGUUAAAAACGGCAUCAAGAUGCUGCACACAUUGGACAGGUACCAGAGUGGAGAGGACCAGGCCUCGGGAGCCACCAUCCUCGAGCUACAGGGAGGAGACGAGGUGUGGCUGCAGGCUCACCAAGGAGAGACUUUCAACGGGCUAUUUGCAGACACUGAUGAUGAUACCACCUUCUCUGGAUUCCUCCUGUUCAGCACCUCUGACCCGCUGGAGCCGCUGCCAUCGCCCGCCACUUAA